UUCAACCCUGAGCCAAAGCACUCCUGUCCAGAUGCCAGCCGCUGUCCCGGUCCUCGGUCCUCCUCCGGCACGUUCUCCGAUCUCCACUCCCAUACACACUCCGAGCUCGUCUUGGACCCUAGGCUCUCCAGUCAACAGCCCAGCCCAAAGCAGACCCUCAACGCCGGUUCUGACCCAAUCACACACACCAUCACCUUCUCCUGCAUCCACUCCAUCUCCUGCUACUUCACAGUUUCCACAGAAGCCGGCUGUUUCCCUGACUCAGACCUUCAGCGCUCUGUCCACUCCAACCUUAAGUCCAUCUCCCAUUCCUGCCCCGUCAUCUACACAGUCCAUCUCCACCGCCUCCGCUCCACCAAAAGAGGCAAAGAAAGAGCAGGACUUGCCUCAGACACAGAGAGAUUCAGAGACAAAGAGACUAAAGCAUCCUGCUAACAUCUGAGGAGGGAGAUGGACGCUGGCGUGGUGAGUGCCGGAGAUGAGCUAUCCGGGUCUAUGAGCAUGUUGUCUGCAUUCGACCUUCCCAGGUUUGGUCAGUCUUGACCAUCGCUAGGUUUACCCCCAACCCCCGACAUCUACAUCUAUCCCCAUCUUUACAACUGAUCAAGGUAAAAGAAAAAACAGAGCAGAAAACGUUUGACUCAAGAACUAUUGUGUUUGUGUCAUCUGGGAAUGUGAAGUAGGAUAUUUUUGUAGUCCUGCUGAGAAAUGUCCACGGUCUGACUGGUGGACCAACGUGGUCGUGUUAAACACCAGUAAAACCAUGAGCUUCUACAGAGCCCCUAAAAUGCUGGUCUUUCCAACAGAAAAACAGAUGAGCACUUUUAAUCUUUGGUAACACUUCAUUUUACAGUGUCCUUGUUACAUAUGUUACAUGUACUUACCAUAGUACUAACACAACUAACCC